CUCAACCGAGGAUUCUUUUCUCACGUGGUGGUGAGAAGACGAAAAGAUUUGAAGACCGUUUGAAGAAAUCUAAAAGAAUGGAGAUAGCCCGAAGUCCAAGUGCCCGGAAGCCAGUGGGAGCUAUCGUUUUAUUUUUCUUUUAGGGGCCACAAUCAUUACACGUUUAUUUACUGCGUUUUGUGAAUGCAUGUUGAAUGUAUGUUGAACGCUAGUAACGGACAUGUGCGCGGCCAUGUCGAUAGAUGGCAAACAACAACAACCCUUUCAACCUGCGAUAUGUUCUAGAAAAGGAAAAAUUAUCUGGAACCAACUUUCUUGAUUGGGAGAUGAAUCUUAAGAUUGUUCUCGAAUGCGAGAAAAGCUCUACGUCCUUACCUCUGAGCCUCCCAAAGCUCCUGAAGCGAACGCCCGUGCUGUAGAAAUUACUUCGUACAAAAAGUAUGAAGACGACGCACGUGAUGUGAGAUGUCUCAUUCUAGCCACCAUGACCCCGGAGCUCCAAAGGCUCCAUAAGGACAUGGAAGCUCAUCCUAUGAUGACUCGCUUGAAAGGUCUAUACCAAGGCCAGGCUAGACAUGAGCGUUUCAAAAUCUCUACGACUCUGUUUUCCAGUAAACUGGCAACGGGUAACCCAGUUGGUCCCCACGUUCUCAAGAUGAUCGUGAACUUCUACAUGAACAAACUAGAGAUGACUAUGUCUGAGCUACUGAAAUUCCUCACAACUGCUGAGGAGAGUCUAGGGAAGGGCAAGGGUAAGUCUGUCCUGAUGGUAGAGGGCAGUACUAUUGCGAAGAAGAGUGGGCCACGUUCGCCGGCCGGGACCAAGCGCAAGGGUUCUAAGAAACCCAAGCCAGCGUCCAACUCCUCUUCGUUGAAACCCAAAGAAGGAGCUAAGAAGAAGUCUGCUGUAUGCUAUUAUUGUGGCAAAAAGGGCCACUGGAGGCGCAACUGCGCAAAAUUACUGGCAGAGAGGAAAGAGGGAAAGAAACCUCAAACCUCAGGUAUCUUCGUUAUUGAAGUCAAUAUGUCUGAUAUCACCUCUUGGGUGAUGGAUACUGGAUGUGGUUCUCACAUCUGUACUUCUAUGCAGGAUCUGCAUGAACGUAGACAAUUGACGGAGGGAGAGAUACAACUAAAAGUCGGCAAUGGCGCACUCGUAAAUGCAUUAGCCGUCGGAACCUAUAGUUUAUCUCUACCUAGUGGUCUUGUAUUGCAGUUAAAUAAUUGUCUGUUUGUACCCAGUAUGAGCAGAAACAUCAUUUCUGUAUCCUGCCUUGACAAAGCAGGAUUUUCGUUCGUUGUAAAAGACAAAACUCUUUCUAACUACCUUUCUUGUCCAAUUCAACAACAAUACCAUUGUAACAAGAGCAUUACCAACCCAUCCAACAAAAAAUAGAAAACCCACUGUUUACCUAAACUAAAAAUGUAAAGCCCAAACUCAAAAUAGAAAACAAUGUUUGUAAAAUAUGAACAUAAAUGUCAAUUCAUCUUCUUUAACCAGCAGCAAUCACCAACAUAUUAACCAAUGUCCUAGUCAAAGCAGCAGCCAAAUAUAAUCACUGAUGCAGCAAACAAGGCUGGUAAAGGAAACUGAUGCAAAAUCACUGGAAUGUACACACACAAUAAUCGCUAUAACUUCAUCCACCUGCAACAUCAAAUAAAAUAGCAAAAAAAAAACCUUAGAUGAAUAUACACACACAAUAAUCGCUACCAUAAAUUGAAUAGAAUGUUUUUAAAUAUAUGUACUUUAUAACGAUAAAGUUGAAUAUGUCAAAUCUAAGAACUGCAAUUUCAUGUACUCUUUUACAAUAGACACAUGCGUAACAACCAUAUUAUAAUUCCUAAUAUUAACAUUUUGACAUUCAAACUAAAGGCUUUAUGACACUUUCUCUCUUUCCCACCAAGUGCAUGUUUGUGAAAACCAUUUAAUUUAAACCCAAGUCUUGCAAGCAGACAAACAUAAGCAUGACUUUUUUUAAUCCAGAGGAAUAAUUGUUUUAAAAACCACAGGGAGAAAUUGGGUAACAGAUGUAAACCAUUCCUCUAUGAUAGUCGUGUUAAAGGCAAUCUCAUUGCCGAUAAACUACACCCCUUGCUUGAAGAAUAUAAUCAAAGUGUCAGUCUUAGAGAUAUAUACAAAAAAAGUGUUUUAGAAAGGCAAUAAUACCUUUGGGAACAUAAGGUUUAAAUGUGGUUUCCUUUUCUACAGCAAGCUUUUGAGCCUUUUAAAACAUGUUCAAUGUCUUGAAAAUAUGCACCAAACUCUGAAUGCAAAAUUUAAAAUUACCACCCUUUUAGCUUUCUGUUCUAUCUACAUAAGGUGAUGCAUUCACCAAAAAGAAGUUUCGCUAAAUGAGCAUAAUCAACUAAAGUUAAUGGGCAUAGUUCCAGUCACUACUUGGAAAAAUAUAUCAAAUACUGUAUGAGCAGUUACGAUUUAAAAGGGAUAUUUUAUUGUUUUACUUGCUGGGAGGCAAGCAAUCUCUACUACAUAUGCAUUUGCGAACAGACACUUCCUCCUAUAUGGUACCAAUGGAUGUGUUUCACCUGAUAUAAAGUUAUGUUAUACUACACAGCCUCUGCAAAUUAGAAAAACAGAAAUCAUAAUUAAGCUAACCAACAAUGUCCUAGGCUUCAUAAUCACAUGAGUUUGUACACCAUUAUCGUAAUAGACAUUACAUGAUCCUUCUUCGGGACCCGUCUCCCAUCCAUUUAUUGUUCCUAACGGGUUCCUGGGCAGCCUUUGGCUACAUGUUGCAUGUUCAAGGGGAAUAUGAGAAACAUAUACGACAUCCUAAGUAUCCUCAUUUUUGACUGAUCAGUAUUACAGUUUGGUCGAACCGUACUUGCCAUAGCAACUAGCCUUCCACAUAUGUGUAAUCUAAAUCCUUAUAGGUAUAUGAUUCAAAACAACCACCAUGUCUAGUUUCUUGAUGACACGGUCCAUUUGGAGCUACAGUCGAAUCCACUUCUCCACUGAUACUGUUAAUAAAACAGAGGGGGCCAUAUUCAAAAGAUGAUAUUUUUCCGUUGUUAGCAACAAUUACCAUCCCUAAGAGGUCACAUACUGAGACUAAGUGGAGCUGGUGUAUAAGGUACAAACCCCUCUCCAGCUUCAAAAAACUCAGGAAACAAAACAACCAAAUCAAUCUCAGGGCAAUAA